AUGCCGCGACCCAAGAAAGAAGCAGGCGCAGAACCGAAGAAGCGCAGUCGCACGGGGUGCUGGCCGUGCAAGGCGCGCAAGGUCAAAUGCGGCGAGGAGAAGCCGGUGUGCGCCAACUGCACCAAGAGCGGUGAGGCGUGCGACUACAGCAUCCGCCUCAACUGGGGCGGGCGCAGCAGGAAGGACAAGGACGGCACCCCCAGCGACGCCGGCAGCUUCACCUUUGUCACCACUCCGAUCUCCGCCGCCGCCGCUCCCGCCAAGAGCAAUGGCGCCGGCCACGACCACGUCUUCUCCGCCCAGCACAUCGUCUCCGGCCCCCAGCGGCCUCCUAGCAGCCAUCCGAUCGAUCUGCCCACGCCGGAGCCGACGCCGGGUGGUGGCGAGGGCACAUAUAUCGAUCCGCGGUUGCGACUCGCCCAGCAACAGCAGCAGCAGGUCCCCAACCGCGAACAUCAGCCCAGUCCGCAUGCGCCGACAUAUCUCCCUCCCAUCGGCAGUGCGCGCGGUUCGCCGACUCUCACCGAGCGCACCUCUCCAACCUCCGCUCCCAUGCGCGAUGAGUUCAGCUGGUCGCCGCAGCAUCGAGCGAAGCGCGUCAAGCUCAACAGCCCUCCCACCGCCCAACCGAGUCCGGUGUUUGCUGUGCCGCAGUAUCCCGGGGCGGUGGAGUCGCCCAGCUCCACGCAUUUCACUCCCCACAGCAUCAGCAGCAUCGUCAAUACUCCAGCGACGCCGGGCUCCAGCAUCAACUCCGGCUCCCCUUACCCUCCUCAGCCUGCUGCGUUGAACGUGCAAGAUCCGCCCGAUCUGCGUAGGCUGUCGGUUAAGUCGUUAUUGUCUGACCCUGCAGAAGAGAAUGAUCGACCGCGCUAUCCUCGAGCCGACAGCCAGCAAGGCCAUCGCACAUAUGGCUACGACCACGGAUUCCCUGAUCUCGACGUGCCGCACAAUGAUGACAACAACGUCGUCCUCCCCAAAUCGCCAGACCUUCGCCGUGCCAGUGCGGCAGUCUCAGAAGUCAGUACCUCCAGCGGUGAAAUCGAUGCUAAGCAGAUCGCAUUCGAGCCAGGGGGCUACUAUGCUCAACCAGUCGCCAUUCGCAUUCCACGCGCUCUCGAGCCUCUCCCACCGGAGUUGCUGGAGAAUCAGAUGAACCUCCUCUACUUCCACCACUUCAUCAACCACACGGGACGUAUCAUGGUGCCACAUGACUGUCCUGAGAACCCAUUCCGCGGAGUCUUGCCUCAGAUGGCGGUCCGCAAUCAGCAUCUACUCCAUCUUUUGCUGGCUUUCUCGGCUUCACACAGAGCGAGACUUCUGGACCACGCGGAGCCUGCGAACCGCAUCGCCGGCUGGAUGUCGGACGUUCUGCCGGCACUUCGUCAAGCCCUCGGCGAGCCAUCGUCACCAGGCUCGACUGACCCAACUGACCCUUCAUCACUUGCGCCCCUCGCGACAGCUAUCAUGCUGGCCUCCUUGGAGAUUGUUUCUCCGCACACCUUCUCUGUUCGAAUACCUUGGCAGCAGCACCUCCAAGUGGCACGGCAGAUGAUUGUGGCCAAAGGUGGGCUUCAUCAUCUCGCGCAGAAGUCAGACGGCGCGCGGGAUAAAGCUAUCUUCUUUCUCUCGCGAUGGUUUGCGUACUUGGACGUGCUCGGCAGUCUCUCUAACAGAUACGAGCAGCCUCUCUUUGGUGCGUACCUGGAAGAUGGUGGAGGUCUGUGGCUGGUAAACCGAGAUAACGAAGAAAUCUACCAAAUCGACUGCUUCUUUGGCUUUUCAGGAAGAUGCAUUGCACUUCUCGCCCAGGUGGCUGAACUGGCGGCACAAUGCGACAACCAGCGAAUCGACCCUGUCACGAACCAGGUCAAAAUGGGAUGGCGUCCGCCCGAGUACUUCAGACAACAAGCCGAAGAGCUGAAGAAGCGACUCAACGCCAGCGCGAAUACCGUCUACCGCGGCUGCAUGCACACCGAUCCCAACGACCCCCAAGCGACCGGUUCAAGAGCCGGCAAGGAAGCCGAAGAGAUCUACGCCACGAAUGAAGCGUACCACUGGGCGGGUCUCAUCCACCUCUCACGACGAGUCCUGGCGCUCUCUUCCACCAGCCCGGAAGUGCAAGAUAGCGUCAACAAGGUGAUCAGCUCGCUGCAGAAAGUGCGACGAGGCAGCACCGCCGAAUCGUGCCUGCUCUUCCCCAUGUUCACCGCAGGGUGCGAGGCGCAGCGCGAGGACCAACGACAGCUGUUUAUGGAUCGGUUGAAGGCGGUGGAGGGUUGGGGCAUGUCUCAUGUCGGACGCGCUCGCGCCUUGAUGCAGACGGUGUGGGAUACGGGGAGGCCGUGGGAGACGCUCGUCGAUGGCGAGUUCUUCGGGUAA